AGACCGCUGUUUCUACGCACAGCGAGAUGCCUUCGGCACAGCUGGGGACAUAGCAGAGGCAAGGAUUUUCUCAACGAAUUAAUUAAACCCUCACUACUCUAGGAAGCACAAAUAGUGACGAACCCUGAUUGCUAAGCUUCAGGGUGCGAUGUGCAUGAAAAUGAGCCCUUGUCUCCGCUCUUUCUAAGACCUGAAGAACAGACCCUGUUGCUGUUGUUUGAGUCCCUUCCCCAUCUCAUCAUCCUUUGCUCGCACAUCCAACUGCGUGCAAAUAUUUACACAUUGCCACACCAGAGAAAUGCACCCAUGCACACACAGUUUCCUGCAAACACUCUCGCGCACGUCCUUCCGCGGCUGCCUGUGUCCUGUCUCUCACCCAGACACAGACAUUUAUACACGUAGGCCAGAAAAGCGCAACCCACGGUCCUGUGACUCCCUCCACGCAGGUCCUCGGAACACGCCGUUUACAUUGAACCGAUCUGCGAGCACAGACAAACCUACCAACAAGUCUACUGGCUGGAAUUCAUCUCCAUGGCAACAAACAUGGAAGGCGGAGAACUGAUUCCUGCAGGGACGCUGAAGAGCCCCCACAAUGCCCCAGUGAAGGAUGAGUAGCUCCUACUGCGGCAAUUCUUCGGCGAAGAUGAGUGUCAACGAGGUCUCUGCCUUCUCCCUGACCCUGGAGCAAAAGACUGGCUUUGCCUUUGUGGGCAUCCUGUGCAUUUUCUUGGGGCUUCUUAUUAUCAGAUGCUUCAAAAUCCUGUUAGACCCAUAUAGUAGCAUGCCCUCUUCUACGUGGGAAGACGAAGUGGAAGAGUUUGAUAAAGGGACCUUUGAGUAUGCCCUUGCCUGAUGGUGGCCUAAGCGUCAUGCUUUUGCCAGUUGCCGUUGGGACACAUGGUAGGCACGUUUGUAAUCAGCUUGACCGUGCUGCUGUUGAGAGGGUCAUUUCAUUCACGAAAUUCAAUAAACAUCUGUGAUUGAUCUUA